AUGUCCGCGUCCUACCACGACGCGCCACUACGUGUCCUUACCCUCAAUUGCAGGGGACUGAAUGUUCCCGAGCGCCGCACGCAUCUACUACGCGACUUGAGGAAGACACAAAUAUCUGUUGCUAUGCUUCAGGAGACCCACUUCCUAGAGGGAUUCUCACCAAAAUUGCGGAACCGGUACUACCCCAACAAUUUCUUCAGCAACCACAACACGGCUCGUAAAGCGGGCGUAGCCAUCAUCCUGUCAGCUGAUCUGGACUUCAAGGAAUUAAACAAGAUAUUCGACACACAGGGGAGGUUCCUUUUCCUGAAAGGCACCAUAGCGGACAAACUUUACACUUUCGCGUCAAUUUAUGCUCCCAACACAAACCAGGCCAGAUUCCUCAGACGAACUCUGCGUAAACUGAAGGGCUUCGCGGAAGGGGCAAUCAUCAUAGGAG